AUGGAGAAGUACAGAAAGUUCGGGGACGCCGCAACCGGCAUCAACCCCUUCGUGCUGGUGCAGUCGCCCACGACGCUUUCCGUGGCGACUGCCGCGGCAGUCUUUCCCCUGCGCCUUGCGGGGGCAGUGCUGCUGCUGCCGCUGCUCUUUCUGCUUGACGCGCUGGCGUACGUCUUCUUCCUCGUCCCUGGCACGUCGUGUGUGGUGCGGCUGCUGCUUGCGCCCUGCCAGCGGGCCCUGCUGCAGGGACUGCUCUUGACAGCCGGCAACCUCGGCGUCGCGCGGGAGUCGCCGCCGGCGGUGGCGGUGGCAGACGCCGCAACUCCGGCGGCGGGGGACGUGGUGGUGGCGAACAUGCAGUCUGCGUGGGACAUGUGCGUGCUGGAGGUGGCUGGGCGGCUGCCGCUUUGCGUGGUCGCUUUCUACGCCGGAGGAGCCGCCGCAGACGCGAAGAAGGCGGACGGCGACGGGCCGCUGCUGGUGUUGGGGCCCUCUCCGCUGCAGCGCUGGCGCGUGUGGUGGCACAUUUACGGCACGGGGUCCAUCGAGUUCCUCCGCGCCGCGGCCGCUGCCGACGGUGGCGGUGGCUCCGGCGGCCGCAAUGAGCCGGUCGUCGACCUCACGGCACUGCAGCGGCGGUGCGAGCGCCUCGGUGUGCCGCUCGUCUUCUUCCCCGAGGGCAGCUGCACGAACGGCAAGGGGAUGUUGCGCACCGCCCCGCUGCGGGUCCGCGCCGCCCCGCGCCGCGUCUUCGUCGCCGCCGUCGACUACGACACCACUGCGGUGCACACGGUGCUGCGCCCACGUCGGCUGCUGUCCUUUUUCUUCGCCAUGAGUGCCUCGCUGCACGGCAGCCGCGACCCGGCGUGGCGCAGCCCGCCCUUCCCCGCAGCCACCGUGCGGCUGGCGGCGCUGACGGCGGGCCCGACGAGCGCCGCGGAGGGCACUGGCGCCGUCGUGUGGGAAAGCUCGAAGGUGCGGCAGGCGUUGUGCGCCGCGUCCAGCUCGCGGCGGGCGUUGGCGGUUGGCCUGCGCGAGAAGUGCGGCUACGCGGAGGCGUGCGAGGGCGCGAGGGCGGCGGGCGUCCCCAAGUGA